AUGCUCUCACACUCUGACGUCUACAAGCCGGACAAGACCAUGAUGGCGACGAAGCAGAUCAAGAUCAUCGGGUCUGACCUGGGGAUCUGUACCGCCGCCGGCUGUGUGGGCAACUCGUACUUCAGGGUGGAUCGGCAGCACACCGGCGCCUCAUGGCAGUUCAAUUGGGAGGACAACGACGGGAGCGUGGUGCGCUCAGUCGACCCCUCCAGGCCCGCGGGGCGCUACUUGAUCGGCUCAUGGGUGGAUUGGUGGAACGUGGACGCCAACUGCUGGCGCGAGAACCUGCUGAGCGGCAUUUGGGUGUGCCCCAUCGUCCCGGGGCGCAACGUGUCCCGCCUGGACAUGAGGGUGACGUCAGCAAACGCCCAGUCCUUCUUCACCAUCCCGUAUGAGUGGGCCACUAUGGACACCACCCGCAUCGGGUACGUUUCAAACUUUGCCGGCGUAGACCGCUCCAUGCUCAUCACCAAGACCGAGGGCACCACCGGCGUCGCGGGCGGCAGCGGAUGGUAUGUCGUGUACAACCCCAGCGCGGGCGGCUACAGCGCCCCCAAGCGGCUGCAGCUCUACGCGGUCAAUCUGCCGCGGGAGAACCAGAUCUACUGGACGUCCUGCUGGCCCGCGGGCACGACCUUCACCAUUCAGCGCACAUUCUCGUGGUCCACCUGCCUCAGCACACCCGUGGUGCCGGUGAGGAGGGGGGGGGGUGACGCGUGGGGCAGGGGCUGA